UCAAAAUCGUGGGACUGCUCACAGGAGAUCGUAGCUUCUUCCUCCCCAUUUUCGAAAUCGGUUAACUUGUCGCUGCUUUCUGCUAGUAAAACCUUUUAGCUUUCUCCCUCCUUUUUUUCUCACUCAAAAUCAAAUUUCUAGGGUUUUGCCCCCGAAAUCCCCGCUUUCCAUGGCUUCUCACGCGCAUCUCGACGAUGAUGACGAAUUUGGCGGUGAUUUUCCCGGGAGUCAUAGUACUAGGCAUUCAGGUAAUAAAAGAAGCUUUGGUGAUCUUGAGGACGAUGAGGACGAUAUUUUUGGAUCAAAAAAGCAGGGCAAUUCUAAAGUAGAGGAAACUGCCCCUGGUGUAGCAACAGGGAUGAUUUUGUCACUUCGAGAGAGUCUUCAGAAUUGUAAGGAUGCCCUUGCAACAUGCCAAAUGGAGCUGGAAGCUGCAAAAUCAGAGAUUCAGAAAUGGCAUUCUGCAUUUCGGAAUGAGCCCUUCAUACCAGCUGGAACAACUCCUGAACCCAAGUUAGUAUUAAAUUAUCUUCAAACUCUGAAAUCUUCUGAGGAGGCACUGAAAGAACAGCUAGAAAAAGCAAAGAAAAAAGAAGCUGCAUUUAUUGUAACAUUUGCAAAACGUGAGCAGGAGAUAGCUGAGUUGAAGUCAGCAGUUCGUGACUUGAAAGUGCAACUCAAGCCACCGUCAAUGCAGGCCAGAAGGUUGCUACUAGAUCCAGCAAUUCAUGAGGAAUUUACACGUUUGAAGAAUUUGGUUGAGGAAAAGGACAAGAAGGUUAAGGAACUGCAGGAAAAUAUUGCUGCCGUUAGUUUUACUCCACAAAGCAAAAUGGGAAAGAUGCUGAUGGCAAAGUGUAGAACCUUGCAAGAGGAAAAUGAGGAGAUUGGUACUCAAGCAGAGGAAGGAAAGAUGCAUGAAUUAGGCAUGAAACUUGCUUUACAGAAAACUCAAAAUGCAGAACUUAGAAGUCAAUUUGAAGCACUGUACAAACAAAUGGAGGGGCUGACAAAUGAUGCGGAAAGAUCAAAUGAAACGGUAUAUAUCUUGCAAGAGAAACUAGAAGAGAAAGAUAAUGAGAUUAAAAGGCUGAAGCUGGAGCUGCAACAGAAGACGCUGAUGGAAGAGGAAAAUAAGACAGAUAUAGCCAUUGAUACGAGUAAGGUAAAAGAAGAGAUGGUAACUGAUGAAACCAGGAACAGUGAACAAGUAGAUUGAGAAAUUUUGUAGGAUAUCAUUAUUUUCACUCCAAUUUUUGUUGUCUGUACAUUGUACAUUAAACAAGUCUUUUCUUUUUUUAUUUGUUUAUAAGUUUUGAAACGGUAUAGUUAUGUGGGAUUGCACUAUUCAAGUGCAAGUCCAUAGUGGAUCAGAGGAUGAGGGUAAACUUAACCCUCUCUUUGGAGGGCAUCA